AUGCCUCUCAUUUCCGUGUUACAUGUCCCUCCCAUCCAUACCUGCUCCUUCUCAUCCCAUGUGAACCACCCACCACAGUCGAGGACCCAUAUUACCUCUCCAUAUCUCUACGGUGUGCUACUGCUCGAGAUGGUGACUGGGCGGCCGGCCACGGCCACGGAUCCGGAGGACGAGUCUUGCCUCAUCCUCAUCACCACUUGGGCGGUGCCAUACAUUGAGCGCGGGGAGGUGCGGGUGAUAGCAGAAGCUCGCAUCUCCUCUUCUAGCCUCUCACAAAUUUGUGCCACCCUUUCCCCCCCCCUUCUCCCCCCUCACGAGGCGGUGCCAUACAUAGAGCGCGGGGAGGUGCGGGUGAUAGCGGACGCGCGCAUCGCCUCGCCGCUCAACCUGCCCUUUCUGCUGCAGAUGGCGUGCACCGCCGCCCUCUGCGUGCAGCUGCCGUCCACGCGCCGCCCGGACAUGGCUGAGGUGGCGCGCGUUAUGCUGGACGCCCGCAGAGGCUUUCAUGCUGCUGCUUCUGCCGCUGCUGCCGGCGCUGCUGCACUCGCCGCCGCUGGUGGUGGUGCUGCUGGAGCUGCUGGUGGGCCGGGUGUGUAG